CACGGGCGCGCGCACGUACCACGCACUGGGCCUGAACUACCGGAGAAUCCUAAAAGCUUGAAACGGAAGAGGUACCGUGAUCUUGAGGCCCUUGGGCCGCACCCACUGUAGGUGGGCAGGAUGUCUCAUAGAGGGAGUGAACGAGAUUUGCAGUCCUCUGCACGCAGGAUGGGCACCUCCCUACUUUUCCAGUUAUCUGUGCAUGAACGGGAGUUAGACUUAGUAUUCCUGGAUCACAGUUAUGCUAAACCUUGGAGUGCUCAUCCUGAUGCCAGCAAUGCACGCCCCACUCGUACCCUCUUCAUCACCCCCCGGAGACAGCAGGAAAGUGCAGUUGAGACGGAUUUGCCUAUUGAUGUUGAGACCGUCACUCCUACCCCUAUGCCACUGUAUGACAAUCAGAAGGCAAGAAGUGUGAUGAAUGAAUGUGAACGUCAUGUGAUGUUUGUGCGUACAGAUACAGAAGCACCACCACCACCUGAUGACUGGGAAGAACAUGUCAAUAGGUCUGGAUGGACUGCUGCUCAGAAUAAACUUUUUAAUAAGAUCAUGAAAGCUCUGCAGUUUGAUCGUCUUGCUAGACUCGCCAAUGAUGGAGCAACCAAUGAGCCAGUUUUGCGCAGGAUCUCUGUGGAUAAGUGUGCACGUCGUGUCCGUCAGGCUCUGGCCUCUGUAAGCUGGGACACUAAGCUUGUUCAGUGGUUACACACCACCCUGGUGGAGAUCCUCAGUUUACCAUUGCUUGCUGCAUAUCUUGAUGCCCUGCAAACUCUAAAAGGAAAGAUUCCAGCUCUCAUUGAUCGCAUGUUGCUGACCUCCACUGUACGAGCGGGAGGAGCUGGAGCAGAAGCAUUAUCUCUGCUUCUGAAGAGGCCGUGGGACCCAGCUGUAGGCGUUCUCUCUCAUAACAAACCGAGUAAGCUACCAGGCUCUCCUCUAAUUCUUAUUGCUCCAUCGGGUCCAACUAGCUCACUCUUCCCCACUUCAAGGCGACACCGGUUCUGGCAGUCCCAGCUCUCCUGCUUAGCCAAGGUAAUUCCGGUUGGGGCUCAAUUGGUUAACAGUGGCAAUGGUGUCACCCCCUUGCAAUGUCUAGAACACAUGAUUGGUGCUCUUCGAGCAAAAGUGGUUGAGAUUCACAAUCACUUUCCUCACAAACCGGUGAUUCUCAUUGGAUGGAAUACGGGAGCGUUGGUAGCCUGCCAUGUGUCCCUAAUGGAAUAUGUGACAGCAGUUGUUUGCCUUGGAUUUCCACUUGUAACUAUUGAUGGACCCAGAGGGGAUGUUGAUGAUCCACUUCUCGAUAUGAAGACCCCAGUACUUUUUGUUGUUGGCCAGAACUCCCUGCAGUGCCAUCCAGAGGCAAUGGAAGAUUUUCGUGAGAAGCUGCGAGCGGAUAACAGCUUAGUGAUUGUGGGAGGGGCUGAUAACAAUCUCCGUAUUAGCAAAUUAAAGAAGAAAACUGAAAGCUUAACACAAAGCAUGGUGGAUCGAUGUAUUCAGGAUGAAAUUGCAGACUUUCUCACAGGUGUGUUAACCCGAGCAGAUGGACAUUCUGGUUCGGAUUCUCGAGAUCUAGAUGCAGAAAAGAAAAAGAGGCCCAGAGAAUUGUUGCGAAGAGACUUGUCUUUGGACCUGUCUGAGAGAAGCAGCAGACCUGGCUCACCUGCAGCACGUUUACCUGCAUCCCCUUCUGGUUCUGAGGAUGUAUCCAGUGUUUCAAGCAGCCCUGCCUCAAGCCCCAAAACCAAAUUAACCACAUCCUCUACCACCCAGAAACCUGGACAAACUGGAAUUGCCUUGAAGCCUCAAAUACAGAGGCCAGGUACAGCUGGAACUCCAAAACAAGCUCAAGCUCAGUUUGCUGCUUUUCUAAAACAAAAUAUGUUAGUGAGGAAGUCUCUCCCAACGGGAUCUCCUUCCUGCUUAUUUGUACCAGUCUCAUCUGAUCAUUCAGACUCUGUUGAGAAGGAGGAUAACAGAGUACAAUUAAAGAGACCACCCAGCCCAGGAAGUGCAAGUGGCAUCAAACCUUCCAAGAGAGCUAAAAUUAAAGUGACCAUUGUGUCCCAUGGUGAAGCAGCAGGAGGCACCACCAGUCCCCACGAAGCUGGAAAAUCUUCUGUAACAGUCAGUCAGUCUGCUGUGGGCAGCAAAGAAUUGAGCAACAUACUUACCGCUCCCAAACAUUCUCCUGAAUCUGCCCCAUCAAACUCUAUUUCCUCUCCCCUGAUAGCCAGCUCCUCCGCCCCCAGUGCAUUUCACUCUAUUCAGGGACGACUAGUACCGAGUAUUACUCCUUGUAUGCAAAGUCAGACUGCGAACACACUUCCAGGUUCAAGUUCUGGAGCCUCUGCCAGCAGUCUUUUGCAAGGGUUAAGUUUUAGCUUGCAGGACAUUGGCAGUAAAUCUUCUGCACUCUCCAACUCCUCUACUGCUCCUGGAUCCAGCACACAGACCCUGGCAGUUAAAGCUCCUGCCCCUCUUCAGAAUUUGGCCACAAUUACUACUGGAACAGGAUCUAUUUUGCGCACUAUUCCUGUAGUUACUGCCUCGUCUUCCCUCAUUUCGUCAACUGCUGGAAAACCCACUUCCAUACAUCAGUUGCUUACUAAUGGGGGGCUGGCAAAACUGGCCAGCAGCCUUCCGGGCCUUGCACAGUUAUCGAGCCCUAGUGCAGGUUUAAAGGCUCCAACUACUAUCACAGUUACACUCCGAGGCCAACCCAGCCGUGUUACUACACUUGGCCAGGCUUCCGAGUCCAGCUGCACUGUCUCUGCUAGCAAACUUCUUCCUCCAGCUGUAACGGAACAAUGCAAGCCAAUCAGUGAACGAACUUCUGGGGACAGAAUCUUACCUCUAGCUCGGGCUGUUACCCCUCCAGCAGUGACCACGAGCCCGCCCAAAACACUAUAUGUCAUGUCGGAUGCCAAGCUCUCUGCACUUACCAAGUCAGUAGGUAGCGACCUGACCACUCUGCCCCUGAAACAGAUGUCCCUGCAAGCAUCAUCCUCCAUUUCUCCAGGAACUGUGACUUUCACCACCCCAUCCCUUGCAAGCUCAUCCAAUCCAGCAUGUACAGUGGUGCUGUCUAAGAUAGGUUCAGUGCUGCAAGCCCAACCAAAAACUGUUAUCCUAGCAAAAGCAGAAUUAGGAGACAAGACAUCAGGAAACCAUGUUAUGGGGACAGUGGAAAGCUUGGGCAGGGUACCUUCAGUGGUGGAUGAGGGUAGUACCAUUAUUCACAGUCGGGAGUCAUUGAUCAGCAGACAGCUUCUUCAGCCUGCCUUAAUUGCGCUUUCUGGUUCCAGCAGUGGAGUUCUGAAUCCAACAGCCAACCAAAAGCAACAGUAACUCUGAUGCAGGGUACUUAACAGUGUUACUACCAAAAAAAAGACUUCAGUAAAUAAUUGAUUUAUAAACAUUCUCCAUUUACUGUGUCACAGGAUGGGAGAAAAGGAAAUAAUGUGGUAAAGCAUAUUUCACCUGUUUUUCUCCCCGACCCCAUCUGAUGAAGGAAGCAGGAGGUACAGUUGUCCUUUUGUGCACAUUUAAAGCAUUUAAAGCUUUAUGCGCUAAACAUCAAUGAAGAAGACAAAAACUAAGGCUGUGCCAUCCCUACAAAAAUAUAAUAAAAUGUCAGGGACAUUGACACGUAACAUUGUACCUAUACAGGUUAAUAAAACAUACCAUAGAUUUUUUUUCCCUUUCAUGAAA